UUGCAUAUGUAUUCCGGGAUUCUCAUAGAAUGUAAAUACAUGUCAUCCGAAACAUGAAAUUAUUCGAAACAUGUUCUUUUAUUUCAGAUAAAUAGUUGUGCGAGUUAUUUCAAUGGUCAACGUUUCUUCGAUUCUUUCGUUAUAAACAUGGCAGGUUGUCCAGAAAACCUUUUCUUAGCUUUUUUUCAUUGUUCAUUACAUCCAGUACAAAGUAGAACAGAAACAAAUUUCUUUUACAUAUGAAUAUCCAAGGCCAUCCUAGUUAUUGAUCAUCAGAACCUCUUCAUGGCUGUCAUCUCACUUUCCGUCGUUCUCCUCCAUGUUGCCCUUUCCUUUAGCCUCUAGGGUCUAGUGCAGUACUGUUUUUUGUUGACUAAGGGGAUCUAUCUGAGCACGUAUCGUAUUUAUAUCCAUCGGCGUCAGUUACACUCCUGGUCUUGCCCUGUUUGUCGUAGAUGCCCUGCUUUGUGCAGCCCUCUGUUUCGAUGAUGCUUUACAGUUGAAACUUCCUUUUUGCGGUCAUUUCAUUCUGAUGUCAUAUCAAAGUUUUCUUUUUUCUGUGCUUUUCUUUCAACGAUAACAAUGAUAAAAUGUUUUGUAGCUAUUAUAUUACAUGUACAUUAGUUUCUUUUCAAUGGUAAUUUUACAUUGUAUAUUUAGCACAUCUGUCUCGUGGAUGCGUCGUCUCUUUCAUUGGUGCAGUUAUGUUACUGGAUUUCGACUAUUAUUCAUUACAGGAAACGGGUUUGAGACUCGGUAACAAAAUACUUGUACUACAAUUUGGAUUUGUCAUACGUGAAGUUGGUGCUGUCCGGAAAAAAGACACGAAAAGAAUAAUCAUCAGGCACGUCGUCAAUCUACUUAUCUCCGGAGUUGUUUAUUGCCUGUUUGGUGUCGUACUCGCCUUUAGCUAUGGUGGUGUCGCAGACAAGUUUAUUGGCACAACGUUUGUCUAUCAUAACGAGUUGAUUGUAUACGUGUCCAUUCUCUUCCAGUCCACUUUUGCAUCCGUUACCUCUUCAAUAGUGGCUGGUGCUAUUGCAGAGCGUUGCAAGUUAAUCGCAUAUUUCAUAAACACUGUGUUUAUAUCAGGUUUUAUCCACCCGGUGGCAAGGCAUUGGACUAUAAAUGGUAGGGGAUGGUUGAACAUCGGACGCAUCGUUUAUCAGGAUAAUGCUGGUAGCGGUACGAUUCACGUUGUGGCAGGAAUCGCAGCGCUUGUUGGAGCCGCGAUGCUUGGUCCUAGAACUGGUCGAUUUGAUUCCAGCCUUAAAAAAGACUUCACAGAAAGAUGCUACUCAGCACGAGUAGCUGCAGUAGGAGGAUUUAUUCUGCUGAUUGGGUUCUUAGCCUUCAUCUGGGGAUGUCGGGAACUCUUUGUCUUUGAAUCUUCAUAUGAUCCAAUAGCUCUUUCCAAGGUCAAUCCUUCCGCAUCCUGCUUUAUUGCUGCUAUCACUUCACUCUUUAUCAAUAGGUAUUUUGGGAAAAAAUGGAGUCUUUUUGUUGCCAUCAAUGGAGGUUUGGCUGGAAUGGUUGCCAUUUCCGCCGGAAGUGAUCAUUUUGAACCGUAUGCCGCAGCCGUAGUUGGACUUAUUGCCGCCAUUGUAUACAGAACCUUCUCUGUCCUCUUGGUUAGACUCCGUAUAGAUGAUCCUCUGGAUGUUGUGGCAGUCCACUUUGUCGGAGGAAGCUGGGGUUUGAUUGCUGUAGCAAUCUUUCACAAGACCAAAGGGAUACUUUAUGCAUGGCAGACCGAAUCUGCAGCAUCUGUAAAAUUUGCACACCCAGCAUACGAAUUUAUGGAAAUUAAAAAAGAAAACGAAGAGACAGUGGAUAUCACCUUUAAUGCUUCUCCAGAGAAGAUUUGCCAAAAGGACACAUACUUUGCCGGCGACAAAGCUAUUAUACAAAUUGGAUUUGUCGUACGUGAGGUUGGUGCAGUCCGGAUGGGAGACACAAAAAGAAUACUUCUCAGACAUGUCUUCAAUCUUAUUCUCUCUGGAGUUGUUUAUUGUCUUAUUGGUUACGCCUUCGCCUUCAGUGAUGGUGGAACUGCAGACAAGUUCAUUGGCAUGAAAUUGGACUUUUCUGACGAGAUUCUUGCAUACAAAUACAUUCUUCUUCAGUGCAUUUUUGCAUCAAUGACAGCAUCAAUUGUGUCUGGUGCUGUUGCGGAGCGCUGCAAGUUUAUUGCACACUUCGUUUAUACUGUCUUUAUAACAGGCUUGAUCCACCCCGUUGUUCGACACUGGACCUUAUACAAUAGGGGAUGGUUAUACAAUGGAGACAAGUAUUCAACUUUGGACUACGCUCGCAUCGGUUUUCACGAUGAUGUUGGUAGCGGGGCUGUCCAUGUCAUGGGAGGAAUCGCAGCACUUAUGGGAGCCAUGAUGAUUGGUCCUAGAACCGGUCGAUUUGAUCCCACCCUUAAAAAAGACUUCACCGAAAGAUGCUAUUCAACGCGAAUCGCUUUUUUGGGAGGAUUGGUUAUGGCAAUCGGACUUUUGACCAUCAUUUCGGAAUCUCCAUUGCUAUUUGUUAUUAAUUACCAAGGGGAUCUUGAUGCGGAUUCCACUAUCUAUGUUUUCACUUCCGGUUCCUUCGCCGGUUUUUGUUUACUCUUGCUGAUUAAUUGUGAUAAUAGAUAUUUUGGAACAGGUCGGAGUGCGUUAAAUGCCAUCAAUGGAGGGUUAACUGGAAUGAUUGCUGUGUCUACUGGAUAUGAUAAUUAUUCGACACAUGUCGCAAUUGCUGUUGGUGUGAUUUCCAUCAUUGUAUACACAGCCUACUCUCUCCUCUUGACCAGACUCGGUAUUGAUGAUCCCCUGGAUGUUGUUGCAGUCCACUUUGGCGGUGGCAGCUUGGGAUUGAUUGCAGUUGCUUUCUUUCACGAGACUUAUGGAAUAUUUUAUGCAUGGAAUCUUCAAUCUGCAUAUAUCCUUGGUUGGCAGUGCAUUGGCUUGAUGGCCAUAAUUGUCUGGACAGCUGUGAUUUCUGGACUUAUGUUUGGAGUACUCAGAUUGUUUGGUAUCUUGCGAGUUUGUGAUGAAGCUCAAGAAAAAGAAUUUGCAAAACCAGCACACAAAAUUAAAGAAAUUACAAAAGAAAAUCAAAAGACGGUGGUUUUCACAGUAGAAGCUUCUCUGGAAAAUACUUGUCAAAAAGAUAUGUAUUUGGCCAACGCCAGUGUUGGUGAUUUCCAACUUUAAGAGAAAAAUGAGACAAUCGCCAAACACAAAAUUGGAGACAUUAGCUCCCCUCAUAUCAAAAAAUAAAAUCAGAUUAUGUACUUAUAAAACAUUGGACACAUGGACUUACGUUAAUGUACAUUAUCUCAAUAAUAUUAUUUAGCAACAUAGUUUAUGCGUGUACUCCUUAUUGCAUAUUGUUUAUUACACUCAAUAUGUCAUCGUUGUACAGAUAUUAAAGUAUUUUCCUUAUGUUAUUUUUGAGGCUUUUGUCAUAUUGUUGAUCCUAUUGCUGUUUCUUUGAGGGUUUUAGGUUACUUUUGGGAUUUGCGCUUUUUAUUCGUAUAAUAUUAUUGUUUUGUAUAAAAGAAAUGUUUUGGUUUUGAUUUGGUCAUUCUUUUCUAAUUAUGUUUAUGAUGUAUCAAAAGAAUUAAUUUUUUCAGAUUUAUGUAAUGCCAUUUACACUUUUAAUUUUUCUCCAAGAUGUUUUAAAUAUGCAUUUUUUUUAUUUAGACCAAGUACAUUUUGAUUCGCUAAAUAUUAUAAUAAUAAUCGUUUAUAUUUUUUAUCACAUAGGUUAUUUUUUUUCGUGAAGCUUGUUUGAGUAUACUAUAUUAAUUAAAUUGUAUUUUAAAUUCGU